GCAGAGCUGCCAUGUUCCGUGCAGUGUGUUCUUGCUCCCGUUUGCAGCCUCUGUGUCGGUUCCCUUGGCUCUGCCGGCAUUCCUGCGAGGUCAGGAGGAGCCUGUCGUACUGAUCAUGCCUCGAGAGGAGAGUGACGUGCGACGGAGUGACUCGAUCAUCCCAUGUUUCAUCUGUAUCGAGUUGGUGAUUAUGGUCGGGACAGUCUUGCUCACCUACUACCUGGAAUUCACAGACAUAUUCUCAGUACAUCGUCAAGGUUUCUUCUGUUUUGACAGCACCUACACAAAACCGUAUCCAGGACCAGAGGAAACCAGCCUGCUACCCCCAGUCCUGCUCCAGUCCCUGGCCUCAGCUGUCCCCAUGACAACAAUUGUUUUCGGCGAGUUAGCGGCGUUUGUCUUUCAGGCAGAGUUAGUUCGUGAGGAGAGAACAAUUGUGACUGCAGACUGCUGCUCCCUCAAUCCGCUGCUUCGCAGAGUCGUCAGGUUUUUGGGUGUCUAUGCAUUCGGCCUGUGUGCCACUGACAUCUUCGCGAACGCUGGGCAAGUGGUGACGGGCAGCCCUUCGCCGCACUUCAUGACAGUCUGCCAGCCGAACUAUACUGCCCUGGGCUGCCAGCUGUCCACUCAAUUCGUCAGCUCGGAGAACGCCUGCACCGGGAGCCCAGGCAUCGUGUCCAGUGCCAGGCGUGCCUUCCCUUGCAAGGACUCUGCCCUCACAAUGUAUGCAGCGGUGUACACUGUGAUGUAUGUCACAAUUAUGUUCCAAGCCAAGGGUACACGUCUGACCAAGCCCAUGCUCUGCCUCUCGCUCCUGUGCCUGACCUUUUUAACUGGAGUGGUGCGCGUGUCGGAGUUUCGGAACCACUGGUCCGACGUCCUGGUGGGAUUCCUCACCGGUGGGGCAGUGGCAAUGUUUCUGGUGUGCUGUGUUCUGCAUAACUUUAAGAGCCUGAAUUCAUCCCAGGAGAAUCCAAGGAACGUGCGGGAACCGGUCUGUGUGAAGCUCGCACUCCCGUGUGUGGAGAGUCCACUUGAAAAGAUCGCUCAGUUGCAUUCUCAGAAGGUACAUGACCGAACUUCUGGCAUCUUCCCAUCCACACCGGAUGUCCUGAUCGCCACUCAGUCCGUGAUGAGCGAAGUCUGA